AUGCUUCCUAAAUUUCCUGAUGUUGAUUCAAUAGUUCAUUAUUUACGAGAACCUUCGUUAUCAUCAUCACUAACUCAUUCAACAGCAACGACAUCCAACGCUCGGAAGACCGAUAAUCAGUUAGAAUCAUCAAAACAACAAGGAAAAACAAAAGAUCAAGGAAAUACCAUGAAUACUAAUCCAUCGGUUCGUAUUCUCCUAAAACCACAAUUAAAAGGAGAUAUACAAAUCUUACCCGAAGGUCGUGUACGAUAUGGACCAAUAACAGUUAAUCCACGUAAGCAACCAUCAAAAACAUUAUUUACAGGUCGUCGUUCAAAAUAUGAACUUUUAUCUGGUGAUGAAGAUGACAAACGUCGUGAUCGACGUGAACGUAAUCGUGUUGCAGCAAUGAAAUGUCGGGAGAAACGUGAACAUGUUUUAAAUAAUCUUGAAAGUGAACAUUUAAAUGAAUUAAAUAAUAAUCAAUGUCUUGAAAAACUAGUUGAAGAUUUAGGAAAGCGAAAAAAUCAGCUUGAAUUAGUUUUAGUAAAUCAUUUAAAUGAAUGUACUAUGAUGAAGAAUUCACCAAUACCAACACAAUCAUCAAUGAUCUUUGGUGAUACAGCAUUUCUCUCAUUAAUUAAUAAUACUGAACUACCACCACCACUUCCAUCUUUACAGCAACCAAUUAUCUAUAAUGAUGACGAAGAAUUGUGCUCGAUUCUUGAUCCUUUAACUGUACUAACAAAUUCAGCAUAUACUACGGACGAUUCAAAUUCUAUAUUGAUGUCAGAACAACAACAACUGCAGACAUUCACUAUGACAAAUAGUAGUAUUGAACGGCUUAUAAGUAGUUUUAAAUCACCAACAAUAUCGAUGGAAAAUAAUAGCAAUCAUUCAAUGUUAUUCAAUUCAGCUAUUGGUUCAUCGUGUGCUAAACAACAUUCCAACUCAAGUGAAGAUGAUUCAUUACCAUCAACACUGGCAAAUCACUAUGUUUGUUAA